AUGUUGGGAACAGCUUUCUAUGUAGCUCAGCUACUACUGUUGCUAACGCAGAUUUUUGAAUGCAGGAAGAGGCACACCCAGCAGGGAUACCUAAACGGUAUUGCUCACCGUACACCUAGACAUGAGGGGAGAAGCAGGAUAAAUAAAAACUACUUAAGGAAAAAAAAAAAAGAUAAAGAGAAAGAAUAUUAUGAGAAUUUCUUUAGAGAAUUGGAUAAAAUAUUUAAUGAUGAAGAUGAUGAACAGAAGAAGGUGGAGGAAGAGGAGAGGAGAAAGGAGGAGGAAAUGGAUGCUAUAAGUGAGAAGGAUCUUCUGGAGGUGAAUUUCUGUAAUUAUGAGAGGGACCCGAGGAGCUUGGCUAACCUCGUCAAGAACAGGACGGAGCACGAGGAGGGGAAUAGGGAAGACGCAGACAGGGAAUCAAGCACUAAGGGAGAACCUUCUUCUGAUGAAGUAUCUAUGCAUAGUGGGAAGAAGGAGACUAUGCCAUACAGCUACGACUACGAGCGAGUGCUUAAGGGGAAGGAAUACCUUCCUGAAAAAAUCCUCCUAAAGGAGAAGUUCUCUGUGGAGGAAGACGAAGAGAAGCUAGUUGACCGAAUCGACGUGAACACUAUGAAUGAUUUUUUGAGUAAUUAUCAGAAUAAUUUCCAAGAGCCUUUUUACAAGGGACGCAGGGAUAGAUAUUUCGGUCGGGAAGACCUACAAAGGGGGAAUUCCGCUUCGGAGGUAGGGGAGGAGAAGAUGUUAAGGGGUGCAGCCAGUGCAGAGGUAGACAUAAAGGAUGGUGACAUUGGGGAGGAUCAACUGGAAAGCGUACACUUUUUGAGGAACGUACGGCGAGAGUUCGACCGCGAGCGAGACUGCGAUAUGGACGAAGCGGUACGUCAGGUGGAGGGGCAGUUCGUGCAGGGGAACGUCACAGGAGACGGAAAUAGGAAUUAUAAUAAGGAUUGGAAUAGCGAUGGGGGGGAGAUGGAGGGAGGAUUGUCCUUUGAGAAACAUGUGGAGGAAGAAAUAAAGAGGCGCAGCACGGACGACGAGACUGUUGACAAAUUAAUACGGAACAAAUUCAUAGACAUGUUUAAAGUGGACGAUGCGGUUAAGAAGACAAAUGAACAAAUAAAGAAAAGUCAAAGCGUAAGUGCACUGCUGGAAUUGUUCAGUGAAAAAAAACCAAAGAACAUAAUAAACAUUAUGUACAUGUUCAUGUAUAUUUACAGAUUUCAAAAUGCAAACAUGAUGGAAUAUAUAUAUGAUAGAAGAUUUGCCUUUUUAACGGAUACCUUUGAACAGGUGUUAAAAUUUUACCUGUACAUGUUCAGAAAAAAUAUGAACUGUUCAGGUGAAAAAAAGAAAGAAAGGACUGUAGUUUUAAAUAGUAGGAAUAUUAUCUUUUUACUAAAAUAUAUGAACAGGUUGAAAUUAUUUUACGUGAAUUUAAAUAUUUACAAUUUGCUAUUUUUGAUCAUGUCUCAAUCGCUUGACAUGUUCAGCAUCGAUUCCUUGGUGGUUCUCUUGGCGUACUUGAAUGAGUACUCCUACUACGGAAAUGAGGUUCACAAGAAAAUUAACCUUUCAAUUUUGAAAAGGAUCUUUGAACUUGUGCGUGUUGAUCGGUCCAACAUGUCUAGACUCCAUUUUGGCCACUUCAAGUUGCUCGUGCCACUGUUGGUGAAGCACAGGUAUGUGGGCUCUGUUGAUGGUGUUGAUGAUGCCGCGUCCCUCCUGUUGGAUCACUUCGCCAAGGAUACUCAACGCGCAAUUGAAAGUGUGCAGAGUGGGAAAGCCUACUCGCGUAGCAAAGACAUCUGUGAUAUCCUCUUCUACGACUCAAAAACGAAAGAACAGAAGAAAAACAAAGAAAAUUACAUGGCCUAUCUGGAGAACCAACAAAUGCAACAGAGGAAGAAAGACAUAAAAUUCCUUUACACUUUUUUACAAUACUUAAUGAUUGGUAAGUUUGCCCAUGAGGAGGAAACUGUACAAAGGCUAGUGGAUUUAUUUUUGGGAAACCUUUCCUUGUUCCAAGUGGAAGAUGUAAUGACAAUUUUUUUCAACUCCGAACAAUUGCAGUAUGGAGAACAGUACAGUGCGUUGGUAAACCGCUGCAAGAAUGAGUUGCUGCAACGGAAAAGUUUGUUAAAGGAUUUCCAGAUAAACCAGGUGCUCUCCUUUUUCAUACUGGGCUAUAGGCGUUCCCUGCUAUACCGGGACUACCACCGGCGACUUUUUUCGCACGCACGCUAUGUACUGCGGAGGGACCAACUGAAUAGGGGAGAAAACCCGAACGUGGGUAUUGUGGACACCGUGCCCCGCCUACUGUCAUGCAGAAGCGAAAUGCGCACCAUGCAUCGGAAGCACCUUUUGAGUAACGAAUCGUUCAGGGACCCGCAGUUCCUCUACGACUUCACUCACGACAUACAUAUAUUUGUAAAAUUUAAAAAUGUGCACCUCCUAAAAUUCGUGUACAACAUGUACCUACUGAGUCUCCUCUACUACAAAAACGCCGAUGUCCUUCGUAUAGUAUCGGAAGUAUCACACGACUUAAUCGAAACGAACAUUUUUUCCUUUAUUGAUCAGUACGCCUACUACAUGUAUGAAGAUCUAUACAUCAUCAUUAAGGCAUUCAAGUAUGUAUCCUUUUUUCAAAUAGAUUUGAUUGAGCCAUGGAAGAAGUUCUUCUUCCUUCUCGAACACUUUUCAAGUGCAUUGAACUUAGAGAAUAUCUAUGACAUUUUUUUUUUCAUUAACAUUUGUAAUCUCCAAAAACUCAAGUGCGAAAAUUACAACGUGUUCAGAGUUCUGACUGAGCGCAUGAAACGGAUUUUGGAAAUUCUGGCCAAACACGAUCUUCACCAAUUUAGUACGCACCCGCACACAUACCUGCUGAACAUUUUGAACCUCGUCAGGGAGAAACAGAACGAGCAUAUGUGCGCCUUUGCCCAGACUUUCUUCUACUCCGUGUAUACGCGCCUAUGUGGGGACUGGACUGACAAUACAUCGACGGGCAAUAUCUCAACUGACAAUAACACUAGUGGGAAUACCUGCAUUGACCCGCGCGAAGCAUAUCGAAAAGUGAACAGACGACCAUACAACUUCCGAGACGCGCGGCUCUUCCUCCAAUCAUUCUUAGCCUACCACAAUGAAAAGCAGCAACAUAUGAAUUUGCCAAUUGUCCACUUCAUUCUUCUCAAUGUGGAGGAUUUUUUCUCUCAGCUUCGCGAAAGUGUGCAGUAUUACCAUAGUAGCUACAUAUAUGGGGCCCAGAUGGAGGAGUUUCUCUCCUUGAUACGCCAACUAGUUUACAGAAAAUUGUACAACGGGCACAUUAUGCGCACCCUUGUCCUCAUAAUUAAACACAUGAUACAUAUCCAGGAGAUUCACAAUGGUAAUGAUUAUGACAGCGGGGUAAACAUUUUUAAGCCCUUCUUUGCGCAUUUUCCCAAGGUGACGGAUGCGAAUGUGUGGCGCUUUAUUCGGCGGCACCCAUCACUGAGCUUCUAUCCGUAG